AUGGCUGCCGAGAUGGCCGUCAGGCUGGAGGAACUGAUCAAGAGAGAAACACGCGUUCUGGACCCAAUGGAUAGACUGCCGUUUGAGUUGAUUAUGGCCAUCUUUGACAGUCUGACAUUCACGCAGCGGGUUCGGUGCUUGACCAUCAGCAAAAAGUGGAUGACUUAUCUAGGCUCUGUUCGACACUUCUGGUACUCUAUCGACCUCGCCAAACGCGUGCCGACAGCAGUCCGACUCCCCGCCCACGCAAUGUUCAUGCCCACUCAACUUGAUGAGGAGCCCAACAACAAAGUCACCAACAAGACUGUACUGCAGUUGGUCAAGUAUGCCCCACCCAAGGCGCUGUGGCUCGGAUGUGCGCAACAGAUCACCUCAGGAUUGCUCUCACAACUUGGCAGGGCCAAACGAGCUGCGUCAUUGGAAACAUUGUCGCUCAGGAUGAACUCAAGGAUUUACGAGCAAGAGUUCUCACAGUUCUGGUCAUUCACCCCCAGACUGCGUGUUCUCGACCUGCAUGACUGUUUCGGAAUGAUGGAUGGUGCGGUAAUGUCGGUCAUUGAGCGUUGUCCCAAUCUGGAGGAACUGGACAUUUCAGAGUGUCGGAUCACAGAGGCCUGCGUGAUGAAGAACUGUAAUGUGCCUCUGCCCAACAUGAAGAAACUGGUCAUUGGUCGGUGGGAGACGGCGUUUUCCAAGGAGGGGAUCGAUGCGAUGGUGGAGCGGUUCCCAAGCCUUGUCACGCUGGAUAUUCGAACGAUGAGACCAAAAGGGAUCGAGGCCCUCGAAGGUUUAUCCAAAUUGACGCAGCUGAAGCACUUAUACACAAACUCUAUCGAGACUUCGAACGACGAAGCGGUCAUCUGGGUGUUGCAGCGUUGGGUUGAGGGGAUCCCUCACCUGGAGAGUCUGCAGAUGCCGGCCUGUAAAGGAGUUUCGGACGCGACCAUCCAAUUGAUCGCAGCAGGGCAGGGAGAGCCUGGAUCGGACCGUCGCGGUUGGUCAAGCUCACUCAGGAUGCUGGAUCUCAGUUCUUCGCCAUAUCUGACAUGUCAGAGCCUCUCGUUCUUGGCAACCCACCCUCUGCCACGGCUUCAUACUUUGAUCCUAAGCAGAUGUGGACGCGUCUUUGAGCAAGGGUUGUGCCAGGCGAUCUCGAGUUGUGGCAGUGAACUUGUUCGAAUGGAGUGUGCAGGUUACAUGAACGUGACAGACAAGGUGUUCCAUACGAUCAAGGACCAUUGCCCUAAGAUUGAGAUGGUGAACUUGUCAAGCUGUGGGAAGGUGACGGGAUUGGGACUGAAGGCUCUUGUAAAUGCACGUGGACAGGGACUGGAGCGAGUCUGUGUUGACAACUGUCCAGCGGUGUAUCUGGAUGCGGUGGAGUGGGCGCGGACUGUCCUGGGCGAUCCUUCGCGGGUGUCGUACAUGUUCAGUCGUAAUCAGCGAUGA